GGAGGGGUUAAGCAUGGGCAGAAGAAGUGCUGUGGGUUUGAUGUUUGUUUGUCUGUUAUUUUGUAAGCCAAAAUAAAGGAAUAAGCAGGAUAAGAAUCAAUAAGAAUUUAAUGUCAACCGUUAACAAGAACAUUUCAAUAGAUUUCAGCUUGUGCUCGUAGCAAUACCACUGUUGCAAUUGCAGGAACCUGCAAGCAAUUUUAAUCUAGUUGUACAGCUCAGACAGAAUGCCGUGGCCAAAGGCUGGAACUGGAAGUAUAAUAUGUAGUUGAGAAAAAUCGGAAAUAAUUGCGAGGAAACAGCGGAGGCAGGCUCCUCUGAAUAAAGCGCUCGAAAACAUUCUAAAACAGGAAAGCUAGGCAAACGCAAAUAGAUAAGGAGACUUUCAGAAACAUGUAGGUAGAUGUUCCAGAAAACAGACAUUGUAAGAACAUCAUGUAGGUACGCAAGAAAAGCGACCGCACAUGAUGGAUCUUUUCAUAUUUUCGUGUAUGCUAAACGUAUUUGGAAGAAGAUAGAGAUACUAUAAUAUUAUCUACUGAUUACCCGGAAAUCACUAUAUUAACGGAAACCAAGG